AUGAAGAGCACGCUACGAUUAGCGCUGUUUGCGGCAACUGCAGCCGCGCUCGCAACUGCAGCUCACAGCGAGAAGAGAAAUGAUGAUGAUGGAAUGCCCAUGGAUAUGGAUAUGGAUAUGGAUAUGGAUAUGGAUAUGGAGCAGGGGGGAAUGUAUGGAAAAGUUGGCAAUAGUAAUGAAGGCACUACAGCUACUGCGUCUCAGUCGGAUCGAACCCCUGUCUCCUCCAUCAAAUCAACACCCACACCCCACGAACCCAAACACGUGCACGGACUCCCCAUACUACAAACUCAAUUGACGCCCAAUGAAAGGGCCUAUUGGGAAGCAUACACUACCACCACGUUCUUCAAUCUGCCCAAGGAUUCACCAAAAUCCCAAAAACGAAUUGCAAGUAUACAUACAUGGCUAAUGGCAAUGGUCACGUGUAUCGGUUACCCGGUGGCGCUUGUUUUGGGUCACGUGGCUUGGAAGCAGGAAGUAUCACCCAAGACGACGACCAGCAUUGACAACGACAACAACAACAACAACGACAACGCCAGUGACGGUGUCGAUACGCCGCCAUCUACGCAGCGCCAUUGGCUAAAAUUCUGCCACGCAGCACUCACAACCGCCAAUGUUUCGGCACUUCUUCUGGCAAUGAUCAUUUUGACCGGAUUUUCCGAUCCCGCCGUGCAGUAUCCCAAAAAUGCCUAUCGCAGGACGUCUGUCAUCGUGGCCAUUGUGUCGGUAGUACACCUUUUGGCCACAGUUGUGCGGUACCUGGGCUUUGUGAAAAAUGCCAAAAACAAGUCGUAUACGCCAUUGUCAUCGACGCAACACCACCAGCACUCAUUGGAAAACUACGAAAUGGAUUCUGCUACAACUAAUAAUCGUCACCAGUCCCAAUCGUCACAUGACUCGGACCUUACUGCUGCGACUUCCGCAAGCUCCCACGCCGGCCCUCACGGCAAGCCCACCGCUAGUCCCGGGUCGCCUUUGGAGUCCCCACUGGCUUCAGCAUUAGACUUGGAUUCCCGAUUCCAACAGAACGACCUGGAAGCCCAUCGAAGGUCCCUAGCCGCAUUAUCGGUGCCGCAGCUACCAUUUGCUGCCCGCGUUGCAGCAUUUGUGCUUGAUUUCACGUCGUGGCCUCUUUUCAUUCUCUUGGCUAUUGACUGCGUAAUUGGGAUUGCCGUGGGGAAUUUGUUUGGUACAGGAUUACGGGUGUUCAAUCUUUUGGCCCACUGGAUCAAAGGCGGUGUUUUCGUUGUGCUUGGAAUCUCUUCUCUUGCGCGCUACUGUGGCGUAGGUGUCAACAAGGGCUGGGCAUGGAACAAAACCACCGCCCAAGUGCACCCUACCAGUGGUUUGCGGAAUUGGGGGCGCAUGAUUAUGCCCAAUGGCUCUAUGAUCACCAUGGAGUUCAUCGAGUCGUUUCUCAUCUUCUUCUAUGGGUCCACCAACGUGUUUCUGGAGCAUCUCUCCAACGUCGACGGUCAGUGGCAUGCUAAAGAUCUCCAGCAUGUCUCGAUUGCAUUCAUGUUUAUUGGCUGUGGUCUAUGCGGGCUGAUUGUCGAGUACAAGAUGUCAGACUGGCGCAGAAACCAAUCUGUAGGGGAAGAUGCAGACGCACUGGCCACCGGCACUCCAGGAUACACGCCAAAUCCGUUCCCUGCAUUUACCAUCUUUUGGACAGGAAUUUUAAUGUCUCAACAUGCACAAGCGUCUGUCACCUCCACCAAGAUUCAUGUUCAAUGGGGGUCUUUGUUGUCGUAUGGGUCCUUUUUCAGACUGCUCACAUUUCUACUUCUUACCUGGAAACCCAACAAGGACAACAAACCCUCAAGACCCUUUACGGAAUUGAUUGCCUCAUUCUGCUUGUUGUGUGGUGGUCUAAUUUUUAUGGAAUCGACGGAUCAAGUUGUUGAGGCAUUGGAAUACCGUGGACUAACGAGUAUGUUUACUUUCAACCUCAGUGUUGGUGUUGUGACUCUGUUCAUGGCCUGGGAAAUGCUUCUGCUAAUGUGGAAAGACUGGCUAGAAACGAAAUGA